AUAAAAACCAAAGAAGAAGAAGCAGCAGAAGAAAAAGAAGAAGAAGAAGAACCCUGUUUGUUGUUGUUAGCGCUAUUUUUUUGUUGUUCCAGUCCGUUUUAUUAGAUUUUAUCGUGUUUUUCAGUGAAGAUGCCGGUGUGUAAUUACUUUCUGGAGGGAAGAUGUCGUUACGGAGAUAAAUGCUGGAAUGAACACCCGAGAGGAGGAAGAGCCCAGACUAACCGCGGCGGGGGAGGCUCAGUGAACCGGGUGUGGGUGAACCCAUCUCAGCGCUCAGGGGGAGGCGUGGUCCAGCCCUCAUCUUUCUCCCGUGGCGGAGGGGAUUGGGGCCGAGGGAACAGCGGAACAGGGAGAGACGACCGGAGUUCUAACUUCAGUUUUAACACACAGAACCGGUUCUCCGCCUUGAACAACACGCAGAGCGGAUACGGGAGAACCGGUGGAGGUGGAGGAGACGACACUGAUAAACAGCUAGAGAUGAUUCAGAAUGACAUGGAGGCGUGGCAGAGCUCAGGACAGUGGCUCUUCUCCUGCUACUCUGUCUCGAAUGCCUCAAUCACAGGGUUUAUGGAGCUAUCUCCAGAGGAACUGAGGAUGGAGUACUAUACCAGCAGAGCUACUGGAGAUGUACAGUCCUACGUUAAUUCAGUCCAGCAGUUCGCCAAUCAGUGGAGAUCCAGAGUUCAGGAAUUGAGAGCCAUGAGCGCUAACACACGUUCUGCCAUGAUAGCAGAGUUGACCAAUCCGAGGGCACAGACAUCCUCAAGUGGAGGGAUUUUCAGUUCUUCAUCAUCAUCAACAACAGGGUUCGGAGCUUCGUCGGCGUCUGGGUUCGGAGCUUCGUCGGCGUCUGGGUUCGGAGCUUCGUCGGCGUCUGGGUUCGGCGCUUCGUCGGCGUCUGGGUUCGGCGCUUCGUCGGCGUCUGGGUUCGGAGCUUCGUCGGCGUCUGGGUUCGGAGCUUCGUCGGCGUCUGGGUUCGGAGCUUCGUCGGCGUCUGGGUUCGGAGCUUCGUCGGCGUCUGGGUUCGGAGCUUCGUCAACUGGGAUUCGAGGAGGAGGAUUUGGCUCGAGUGUUCAGAGUAGUGCUGCUGAGUUUAGCUUCUCUGCAUCCAAUCCCGGGUUCGGAUCAUCCGGGACCCAGCCAGUUUCAUUUGGGUUCGGUUCAUCGGCCCCCUCUGCUUCCACCUUCUCCUUCGCUGAUCCUGCAGGAGCGAUGGCGAGUAAAAGUUCUGCCUCGGGGUUCAGCUUCUCCUCUGGAUCUUCGGGAGGUUUCGGCAGUUCGUACACUGCUCCUGGCGGCGGGGGUGUUGGUGGGUUUGGUGGUGGAGCGAGUGUGACUGGGAUCGCAGAAGACCGGAAGAGUGGAGGAGACAACUUGUACACUCCUCAGAGUGAGCUCACACCAGAUGAGCUCAGAGAGUUCACUGCUAAACGAUUCACACUGGGACAGAUUCCUCUCAAACCACCGCCUGCUGAGCUGCUCACUGUCUGACCUCUGACCCUGAAAUGAUAUUUGUUUUAUUGAUAAUAAAUCUGUUCCUUCCUGUAAACUCUAAAUUUGUCUAAUGUGUAGACUGGAGAAACGUAGAAUCCCAAUCUCACUGCAAACUUGGAGGAAUUAUGGACUAGAGGAAUUGUGGACUUUUAGAGCAGUUUUACAAUAAAUAUAUGAAACAA